CACAUUCCAAGAAAAAUCCUAACAGUAGUUUCCUCUAAAUCCUCCGAGUCACAGGAGGAAUUGUCAUCCACAGAAGACAAGCAGCUCAAUAGACUUCCUGACAUGAUCAAGCCUUUAUACUCUCAUAGCUUGCUUUGCAUUGAUUAGUGGCUUGGGGUUUUAGGGUUUUACCAGAGCAAGGACGACCGUGCCAUUUGGUUGAUUGAAAAGCCCGAGUGGCAUGCCCAAUUGUCUAUUGAAAUAACUGAUCUGUAUAUAAGGUACUUGAAAAGUGGACCAGGAAAUCUCAAGAGAUUCAGUUAUGCAUUGAAUAGGGAGGAUAGAAACGCCAUUCUUGGAGGACCUUAGAGAGGAGAACAAUCUUUCCUGCCAUUGUAUGUUGUAGCUACUAAUGGGAAAUAGCUUCUCCAGGAAUUGCAGUAUUUAUUAUAUAAUCGAGCAGUAUAUGCCUAUUAACGCC